AUUUAGCACAAGCAGGAAGCAUAACUAACUAAGCUUAAUAACGAAAUGUAUGGAUCAUGACUGGCGAGUCAAUGUACAGGACAUGAAAACCAUAGAUUCCUAGCAGAUAGCAGUAGCAUCAGCAACCAAAACGCUACAUAGUAUAAAAAGUUAGGCUCAGCUCGCUGCAGGGCUCACUCACACUAGCACACUGUCAGUCCUUGUCACGUUUGCUACGGCCAUCCCGUCCAAUCCACCGCAGAAACGCCAAUGCCACCUCCAAGAACCAAGCACCGGCCGCUUCUCCUCGCCACCACCUUCCUCUCCCUUCUGCUGCUGCUGCUGCUGCUCAGCUUGCUCUCCACCGCGCACAAGGCAUUCGCCGUCGCUGACGACGACGGCCACCGCGCGCGCGUGCUUCUUGCAGCAGACGGCGGCGAGAGGAAUGCCGAUGCCGAGCACGCGGCCGCCGUGGACCGGCAUUGCGCCGGGACGCUCCACCGGGACGUCUGCGUGUCGACGCUGUCCACCAUCCCGAACCUCGCGCGGAAGCCGCUCCGGGACGUGAUCUCCGAGGUCGUGGGGCGCGCCGCGUCGGCGGUGCGCGCGUCGUCGUCCAACUGCACGUCCUACCUCCAGCGGCCGCGGCAGCUGCGCACGCGCGACCGCCUCGCGCUGUCCGACUGCCUCGAGCUGUUCGGGCACACGCUGGACCUGCUGGGCACGGCGGCCGCGGAGCUCUCCGCCGGGAACAGCACCGCCGAGGAGUCCGCCGCCGGCGUGCAGACCGUGCUGUCGGCGGCGAUGACGAACCAGUACACCUGCCUCGACGGGUUCGCCGGGCCGUCCGCCUCGGAGGACGGGCGCGUCCGGCCGUUCAUCCAGGGCCGCAUCUACCACGUCGCCCACCUGGUCUCCAACUCGCUCGCCAUGGUGCGGCGCCUCCCGACCCAGCGGCGGCGCGGGGCGGAGGAGGAGCCAUUGGAAGGGUACGGCCGCGUGCGACGCGGGUUCCCGUCGUGGGUGUCGGCGUCGGACCGGAGGCGGCUGCAGCAGCAGGUGGCGGCGGACGUGGUGGUGGCGAAGGACGGGAGCGGGAAGUUCACGACGGUGAGCGAGGCGGUGGCGGCGGCGCCGAACAACAGCGAGACGCGGUACGUGAUAUACAUCAAGGCCGGCGGGUACUUCGAGAACGUGGAGGUCGGGAGCGAGAAGACCAACAUCAUGUUCGUCGGCGACGGCACGUGGAAGACCGUCAUCAAGGCCAGCCGCAACGUCGUCGACAACUCCACCACCUUCCGCUCUGCCACGCUCGCCGUGGUGGGCACGGGGUUUCUGGCGCGGGACAUAACGGUGGAGAACGCGGCGGGGCCGAGCAAGCACCAGGCGGUGGCGCUGCGGGUGAACGCCGACCUGUCGGCGUUCUACCGGUGCAGCUUCGCGGGCUACCAGGACACGCUGUACGCGCACUCGCUUCGCCAGUUCUACCGCGACUGCGACAUCUACGGCACGGUGGACUUCAUCUUCGGCGACGCCGCCGUCGUGCUCCAGAACUGCAACCUCUACGCGCGCCGCCCGGACCCCAACCAGAAGAAUGUGUUCACGGCGCAGGGCCGGGAGGACCCCAACCAGAACACCGGCAUCGCCAUCCAGGGCUGCAAGGUCGCCGCCGCCGCCGACCUCGUCCCCGUCCAGGCCAACUUCUCCUCCUACCUCGGCCGCCCGUGGAAGACCUACUCGCGCACGGUGUUCCUGCAGUCCAAGAUCGACAGCCUGAUACACCCCAGGGGGUGGCUCGAGUGGAACGGCAGCUUCGCGCUCGACACGCUCUACUACGCCGAGUACAUGAACCGCGGCGACGGCGCCGACACGUCGGCGAGGGUGUCGUGGCCGGGGUACCACGUGCUCACCAACGCCACCGACGCGGCCAACUUCACCGUGCUCAACUUCGUGCAGGGUGACCUCUGGCUCAACUCCAGCUCGUUCCCCUACAUCUUGGGGUUGAGCUGAAAGUGGUGGCUUCUGGACAGUCUCUGGAGAUGGGGAUUUUUGGGUCUUAUACUGGUUUUGGUCCUUUUUGGAAUAAGAGUAGCUCAUCACAGGUUUAAGAUAAUUUGUAGUAAACCUGGAGCUACCACCAGGCCAUCACCACCAAGUGUUUUGUUACGAGGGUUGAAGCCUACAAUGGCCGAAGGCUAAUCAUUGGAAGGGGAUAGGUUCAUUGCUUCUGA